AAAAAAUUGUACAUCAGGUCCAGCUGAAAAAAUAAAGUCUCUGGUUCUGUAGAUAUGCUCCAAUUCGGAGACGGAAAGUUCGGGUUUUGGUUUAACUGCAAAGCAAAAAUGAAUUGGAACUGCUGGUAAUAGCUGGCUGACAACCCGAAACGGAAAAGAUUUCCAGUUUACUUGCUGUUAUGUAGACGAAUAAUGCUCAAAGCUAUUCAAAUCCUUGGUUCAUCUUCUUCUGGGAUUUUCCUGUAUACAAUAAGGAAUUGCAGUCUCUCUCCCAUUCCAACUACAUCCAUUCCCUCACCUUCGAAAUCACCUUUACCGGGUCUUGUAUUACGCUAUCGUAAGGGUCAUAGAGGCUUGGGAAUGUACUCAGCUCACCGUGGAUCGAACCCAGACGGUUUAUCUUCUUCAUCUCUAUAUGGCGGGGCAGCUUCAUAUUCUUCUGCUCCCUUUGCGGCGGUUCAGCCUACUGUUGGUGUUCCCAAAAUCAAGUUUUGCCAGUCAUGUGGUGGGUCCAUGAAGCAUGAGGUUCCUGAUGGGGAGGAAAAAGAGAGAGCUAUAUGUACUGUUUGUGGGAGGAUCACUUAUGAGAACCCAAAAAUGGUUGUUGGCUGCCUUAUUGAACAUGAUAACAAGGUACUAUUGUGCAAACGGAAUAUUCAACCAUCACAUGGCCUUUGGACACUUCCUGCCGGUUACUUGGAGAUGGGGGAAGCUACAGUAGAAGGGGCAAUGAGAGAAACCUGGGAAGAGGCAGGGGCAGAAGUUCAAAUUAUUGCUCCUUUUGCUCAGUUGGACAUUCCUCUUAUUGGCCAAACCUACAUAAUUUUCUAUGCCAAGUUGAAGAGGCCUCAUUUUUCACCUGGUCCAGAAUCAUCUGAGUGUCGUCUGUUUGAACUUGGAGAGAUUCCUUUUGAAUCUUUGGCUUUCUCAUCCAUGUUGGUCACUUUGGAGUUGUUCAUUGAAGAUAGAAAAGUUGGAAAACCCAUGUUUCACUAUGGCAUCAUUAACAAGAGGCCUGGCACAAGUCCAUCUGAGAUUCGUGCAUACACCCUUGAUCAUCACUUUCGGCGUUGAGGGAUGGAGAUUCAUCAACACCCUUGUUUCAUUAUGUGCUGCAAACCACUCUCCAGGGACAACAUUCAAGAUGCCCUUCAAUAUAAUGGCUUAUACUCUUCGGUUAAAGGAAAACCAGUGGAUUCAUUUUUACCUUCUUCAAUGUGGAAUGUAGUGCCAAUCUGCUUAGAUCAGUGGCCGAAAGCCUGUUUGGUGAUGUAAUUUUGGAUGGAAUUGGUGGUAGGGACGGACUGGAUUUGUUAAUAGUUGGGUUGAAAUGGCUAUUUUUGCUGUGAGUUGAAAUGUUUAAGAAUUGUAUUUUUAAUAAGUAAACGAAAAUUCUAUUCAAUGUAAACGUUUCUAUUUGGUAGACAACGAAAAAUUUAUAAUUCAUGUGUGAUAGAGUAUUAACUCCUAAA